UCAAAAAACAAAACAAGAACAACUUCGCUCACGUAGACCCGCUGAGUCGAUCCUCAGCUUUCUCGCAUUUUCUCGUGUUUUCUCGGGCAUUUCCCCUCUCCUUUUCUCGCUCGGUGUUUCUUCUCCUCUUCAAUGGUUAUGGACGACAACGAGAGCUGCGGGAGUAGAAUGCCGGACACGACGUCGUCAUCGUCGCCGGUACGGACUCGGCAGCAGAGGCAGAAGCUCGAGGUCUACAAUGAGGUCCUUCGUCGUCUCAAGAGUUCCAACAACAGCGAGACUGUUCUCCCUGGUUUCGACGACGAACUCUGGGCCCACUUUAAUCGCCUCCCCGCUCGGUAUGCGCUGGAUGUGAAUGUGGAGAGAGCUGAAGAUGUUCUUAUGCACAAAAGAUUGCUGCAUUUGGCUCAUAAUCCCAUUAACAGACCCGCCAUUGAAGUCCGACUUGUACAAGUUCAUCCCAUUUCAGAUGGAAAUUCAGCGGCCUAUCCGGUCUAUUCAGGUUCACCUAGUAAAGACGUUGAACAAAGUUCUUCAGUUUAUCCCAGCAGACAAAGUGUGCACCCACCACCUGCCUUUGGUUCAUCUCCCAACCUUGAAGCGCUUGCACUUGACGCAAAUAGCUUUGGUGAUCAAGAGGAUGAACGUUCUGUACAUGCCAACAUGCAGUUUGCUCGACCCAUGCAUGAAAUCACUUUGUCAACAGAUGACAAGCCAAAACUACUAAGUCAGUUGACUUGCUUGCUUGCGGAGAUGGGUCUCAACAUCCAGGAAGCACAUGCGUUUUCUACUACAGACGGUUACUCCUUGGAUGUCUUUGUUGUUGAUGGCUGGCCUUACGAGGGAACAGAGCAGCUCAAAAGUACAUUGGAAACGGAAGUUUUAAAAAUGGAGAGGCAGCCUUGGCCAACUUAUCAAUCACCUCUUGUUUGUGAAACUGAUCAAACCAGGAUCAAAUGUGAACCUGAGCAUUUGACAAUCCCUGACGAUGGCACUGAUGUUUGGGAAAUUAAUCCUACACAUUUGAAGUUUGAGAAAAUGGUUGCGUCUGGGUCCUAUGGUGAUUUGUAUAAAGGUACCUAUUGUAGUCAGGAAGUGGCCAUUAAAAUUCUUAAGCCUGAGAGAAUUAAUACAGAUAUGCAGAGAGAGUUUGCCCAGGAGGUUUUUAUAAUGAGGAAAGUUCGGCACAAGAAUGUUGUACAGUUCAUAGGUGCCUGUACCAAACCUCCAAGCAUGUGUAUCGUUACAGAGUUUAUGUCUGGGGGAAGUGUAUAUGACUACUUGCAUAAGAAAAAGGGUUUCUUUAAGCUUCCAUCCUUGCUCAAGGUUUCAAUGGACAUCUCCAAGGGAAUGAGUUACUUGCACCAAAAUAACAUAAUCCAUAGAGAUUUAAAAGCUGCUAAUCUAUUGAUGGAUGAGAAUGGCGUUGUUAAAGUCGCAGACUUCGGGGUUGCUAGAGUAAAAGCUCAAUCUGGAGUUAUGACAGCAGAAACUGGGACUUACCGGUGGAUGGCUCCUGAGGUUAUCGAACACAAGCCAUAUGAUCACAAGGCUGACAUUUUUAGUUUUGGAGUUGUUUUAUGGGAGUUACUAACUGGAAAGCUUCCAUAUGAAUACUUAACCCCAUUACAAGCAGCUGUUGGAGUCGUCCAAUCGGGUCUACGUCCUCCUAUCCCAAAGCACACUCAUCCAAAGCUUGUUGAGAUUCUUGAGAGAUGCUGGGAAAAAGACCCGGCAUUACGACCCGAUUUCUCUGAGAUUAUAGAGAUGUUGCAACAAUUAGCCAAGGAGGUGGGAGAUGAAGUAGAGGAACGCCGUAAGUCAUCAUCUGGCAGAUUCUUGUCCGUCCUUAGACGGGGUCAUCACUGAGAGACGUAGCUGAUGAUUUUACUAUCAUAACAUGAGCUUAUAAUUUAGUACGUAGGGCUAUUUCCCACCCAUUUUCACAUGACAACCAUGUACAGUAAUACCUUCCCCAGUUGUUAACCUUUUUUUUUUUUUUUUUUUUUUUUUUUUUUUUUUUUUUUUUCUGUUAGCUCAUCCAUUUUUUAAAUCGACCAUUUGCCCUUUUCUUCGGGAGUAACAUAUUAUAGCUUAUAAAGGAUGAUGGUUUUGGAUGAGCAUUUGUACACCUCACGUGAUACCCUGCGGCUUCAUUAUAAGAAACAUUGUUGACCGAAGUUCCUUCGACCAAUUGUUGGCUUUCCUUGUCCUUGAUGCUGUGUACAUUACUUUCAAACAUUUUUUUUUCUUGGAUUAGUUACAAAAAUUUCGAUUGAAUUGUGACUCUUAUGACACUUCCAAAUUUUA